AAAAACCCGCAACCUUGUCUCAACACACCAGUCAUGGCUAUUCCUCUUGGUACAGUAAUUCGCGCUUUGAGUGCAUUCUCCAUUAUCUUUCCCCAUUUGGUUCUAUCAAAAGUGUUUCGUAGGUGCGAAUUAGCUCAAGAGCUCAGAAAUGUUCACGGAAUUUCCAUGAACGAUUUACCCAUGUGGAUUUGCAUUGCUCAACACGAGUCUCAGUUCGACACUUCCGCCAAAAACGCAGGAAGCGGUGAUCACGGAAUUUUUCAAAUAAGUGAAAUUUACUGGUGUUCCGCAACAGGUAAAGGUUUAUACGAAUGUGGUCUUCCUUGUUCAGCUUUUCAAGAUGACGACAUCACCGACGAUGUAGAAUGUGCUAAGAAAAUUUAUGAUGAGCAUAUGAAGAUCACUGGAGAUGGUUAUAACGCUUGGUCGGCUUAUACAUCAUUUUGUAAAAACUCCACCAGAUUGCCUCUGUACAUCGUCGGUUGUUUCGAUGAAGAUAACUUUAUACAGUACGAACCGGAAGAAGUUAAAUCAUUCGAAGGAUUCCGGAAAGCACCUUUCCGUCAGCCCCCGCAAUAUCCUUAUCAUCCCCAUUUACAAUUUUUGAAAAUCGCCAAUUAUGCUCAUCAGAAAUUAAUGUUUGAUCCGCCGUUAAUAACAACCAUCUCCCCACCAAAUGCAUUCAAUGAAUUUAUUGAAACUUCAGAAAAUGAAGUAAAAAGUCAAGGUAAACAAGUGUAUGCUAAGCCAAGAGGAUAUUCAACUACCAGCAACAGUUAUAACUUGCAGAACACUUUUGGAACGAAUUAUCAAAAUCGACGAUUUAGCAAUCCGCGAAACUUUCCAACGACCUUCAGACCUGUCUACAGAGGACGAAGCAGACUAAAUAACCAAUGGUAUCGAUCGGAAACAGAAUCUCCACAAAUUUCUUUUUAUCCCACCAUAAGAACUGGUCGUACAAGAGCUAUAUUUCCAACUACUUUUCCACAUUCAUCUUUUUUAUUCUUGAAUAAUAAACAAAAUUUUCAGCCAGAUUUCUACGAUUCUUUUGGGGACGAGAGUAGAAUAGACUCAAUCCCUUUUCAACAACAAAUAUCACAAGGUUCAACAGCAACAACAACAGAAAGAACGUCAACAGAUGCUGAAACAAUCGAAACAUCUCCUGCUACUGCGAGUACAAGCUCAACCCCAUCUUCUUCAACUUUUCGACCGAUAGAAUCUCCAGUUCCAGUACGUCCCAGUGAAGUCCCGAUUCACGAGUUAUCGGUCACUAGUGGUCGACCAUUUAAGCAUAAACCUAUUCGUACUAAAAGACCUCUGUUUGGACAUAACCAUUUCCAUCAUCAGUAUGAAAAAGCUGACAACUUAGGAGAACGUUCAAGUCCUUCAUACAAAACGUUAAAAUCAGAUUCAGUUACAACGACAAAUACACCAACCGUUGGUAGGCAUAAUGAUCAUUUCUUUAUCAAACCAGGAACAGUUUUUGCAUCUGUAAAUGAAGGUGGAACAACGAUUUCUACUAAUCGUCCCUUCUCAACAUCAA